CGUAGAGUCGCACAUCAUAAAUCAACCCAUACUUCCCUUCCUCCUCUCGCUGCCUGCUUUUCCUUCUAAACUCCACCUUACUCCACCUCUCUUUAUUCGCCUGUAUAUCUCCCCCCCCGUUUCUUUCGCUCCACAACCACCCCAGAACCCGGAAUACGGCACGGAUCAGUCUGGAGUUUGGAAGCCGGAAGCUUGCCGAAGUGAAUGGGGGGAUUAAGGCAUUUGACACCCAGCAUGGCACGUUUGUAAUGCAAGUCGUAUGCCUUCGGCUUUCGUUACCUCAGAAAAAAGGCUUUCAAAUUCAGCAGAUGUCCUAUCAAUGCGGCCUGCAAAAUUAUGGACCGCAGGAUUCGUAAUUUUUAUGACCCUGCCCGCCCUGCCCAUCAAACUUCGAGGAUUAAUUAUUUGGCCUAAUCUUCCGAAGUUUAGCAAACAAGGGACAAACUGUUGUUAGGACCAGACACCGAGCGGAAUAUACUUACCAAAGGAUCAAGAAGCGCUAUCCAAGAUCGAGGUCCUUUACAUGUAGGUGUCUAUGGAUAAUCAUGACGUACAGGUCAGUGUCUGGACUCUCAAUCAAAGACGGGGGUACCAAGGUGUAAAAUGGAAGUAUGAACGAUAACACACUCAUUUCUUUCAACUCUGUUCGGACACUUCUUCACAACAGCGAUGGCCUCAAAAAGAUUCAGAUGGACAGAGCGCAAGAUAUAAAAACCUCCAGUCCACGACCUCUUUGCUUCCCAACAAUUAAGAAUCUUUCGACUCUUUCACCACAACCAAUCAACGUCAACCUAGACAAAAAAAAAGUCUGUACCAGACAUACCAACACUCGCUAUCAAUACUACGGUAAACGCACCAACAACACAAACAACAAAAAUGUUCACCAAGGCUAUCUUCGCUACUCUUGCUGCUCUCUCUGUCGUCUCUGCCGCUCCCUCCUUCGAGAAGCGUGACGAUUCCCAGGGUACUGCUACCUACUACACUGCUUCCGGUGUCGGUGCUUGCGGUUCGACCAUCAGCGACAGUGACUACAUUGUGGCUAUGAACGCUGCCCAAUACGAUAGCUCCGUCUGCAACAAGCAGAUCUGGACUUGGAACGCUGCCACUCAGCGACUUGCUUUCGCCACUGUCGUGGACUUGUGCCCUUCUUGUAGCUCUGGUGACCUUGACUUGUCCACCAGUCUUUUCAGCUAUCUCUCUGACGGCAACCUCGACCAGGGUGUCUUCGACGUCAAGUGGGGCUUCGCCUAAGUUAAUUAGCGAUGCUUUACUUCCCCUUUAUUCUUGACCCUCGCAUUUCAUUGUCUUCUUUCAUGUCGUUUCUCUUUGGGCAUUUAGGAUUUUCUUUAUAGGUCUGGCACCGCACUUCAUACUCUUGCGUCUCUCCCAGGAGGUAUGACGAUACAUAUACAUUUGCUCUUGUAUUGAAUACAUAUCACACUCUUUGUAACGACGAUUGAAUCGUUUUUAUGAUGCCCAAUGAAUGAUUACGAUCU